UUUUUUUCUUGUGCAGCAAACCGAGCCGAGGAGACAAGUUGAGCUCCGCUGCUUUAUUCUGCUGUGAUGAGCGGGUGAGGCAGCGCUGCAGUGAGCUCGUGUGUUCAUGUGUUCAUGUGUUCAUGUGUUCACGCUGGGUAGACGUGCAUGUGUAGCUCCGGGCUGAGGGUUUUGUUGGAUAAAGGGGAAGCGGUCAGAGACAGUGAGGGGUUUUCCCUGGCUCCGCCCUCUCGUACAGGGCGUUCACGUGUUGCAGCGGGAGCAGAAUACGCUAUUCCCACGCAUUGUUUUUGCUGACUUCAUCCCUGCAGUUAAACCCGGUGGUUCCUCUCAGUCCGCGCCGUGUUCACAGUCACUGCACGCGGCGGAUUUGGCGCUAACGUCCGUGCAUCAGAUUCAGUUCCGCAUCGCUUUAUAUUCAUCUGUCAGUCUGAUUAAUUAUGUCACACAGCGGCAGCGCGCGCCGCUCUGCCUUUACAUAACGCCUGUGGCUGAUCCUCAGGUGUGAACGGAAGUCAUCAGUCACUUGCAGGUGAACGGCGGCUGCACCGGGUUCAGGACAUAACGUUGCAGCUGAAUCACCGCGCUGCUGUCAGCGUCAGGGUGUUUCCUCAGAUAUCUGCACACACACGCUCACACAGACUGCCAGAGAAGAUGUGCAAGUCUCCCUCCUCCGCCUUUCCCGCGCUGUGCACCGCUGCAGGAUCCAGGUGAGCAUCUCUUCUGUUUCUGUCGCGUGACUUCAGCUCGACCUGCCGCUGCACACUGAGCCGACAUCCACCGUGAGAUGAUGAUGUCAUUACCCUGGCGUCACAUGUAGCUAUGAACCUGGACUGUGGAUCAGGAUCAGGACUCUGCUCAUCUCAAGGUCCAGUGUCAGAAACCACUUUCUCCAAGAUGCACCUGUGAACUGAGGCGGGAAGAUGCCGCGCACCAAACAGAACAACCCCAAGAACCUGAAAGAUAAGAUCGAAGAGGCACAGAAGGAGCUCAAAGAGCCCAAAGUCUCACAAAAAGGAUCGUCCGAGAGCCUCAGAAACGCAGACAACAUUAAAGGUCUGAAGAGGAAGAAGGUCGUCGCAGAGAAUCAGCUGAAGAAGAUUCCUAAGUCUCCGGUGAAGAAACCCCUGCAACUGAAAACAUCUGGACCUUCAGCGUCGUCCAAGGGGACGCCUCCUUCCUGCUCCUCCUCCUCAAACAGUCCUACCCACAAUCCUUCAGCCUCACCCGGGGGAAGAACUGACCCUCACUAUGCCCCAGCAGCUACAGCCCCCCCUCAGGGGUCGUCCUCGGACGAUGCUGAGAGGCUGAAGCAGGAGGAAACACCUUCUCCCCCACUGGACCCCCCCGACGGUGAGGAGGGCUCUUUGAUUUCUGCCACAGUGUCUCAGCACAAAGACGGCAAGAGCCCCCCCCCCGGCUUCGAGGGUGACCCCUACCAUAGCAGCGCUCCUCUGGAUGUCCUGCUGAAGGCCAUGGAGCCGGACUUCACUUCUCUGGCUGAGAGGACACGCCCCCUGCAGGUCACAGCCCCCCCCCUCCACACUCAGUCCAGUGGUGAACUAACAACCAUGCCAGCUGUGAAUGUGGGUGUCCACACCCCGCCCCCCCACAUGCAGACGUAUUACAUCGACAAACAGGGAAACUUCAUCGGCAUCGCAGCGCCGCUACAGGGGAGCGUGCAGACGUCCACACAGGGAGCCCCCCUGCCCCCCCUGCCCCCCCUGCACUCCUCUCCGCUGCCGACCCCACACAUGAGCUUCAACACGGGACCGUCCACCAUCACUCACGCUCCAGUCCCCUCGGGGUCCAACGCUUUGCCGCAGAGCCAACCCCCUGUUGUGCACACGUGCCAGUCCCUGUCCGCCAGUGUCCCCAGCACCAUCCAGGUCCCCGUCACCCCCGGCAGCAACCAGGUCCAUAUGACCACAGUCAUGAACUUCGGUGCCGAGCAGGUCUCCAAGGACCAGAAGCCGAAGAAGCCAGGAAAGUACGUGUGUGAGUACUGCAACCGGGCGUGCGCCAAACCCAGCGUGCUGCUCAAACACAUCCGCUCCCACACAGGUGAGCGGCCAUACCCCUGCGUCACCUGCGGUUUCUCCUUCAAGACCAAGAGCAACCUGUAUAAGCAUAAGAAGUCGCACGCUCACGCCAUCAAACUGGGUCUGAUCGCCCGCUCAGAGUCCGGAGGCGGGUCUCUGUCUCAGGAGUCCGACAAAGCUCUGGGGACACACUCAGAGGCAGAGGAGAGUGACGAUGAUGAUGAGGAAGACCCGGACUCGUCUCAGAGCAGCGUGGCCGCUCUGUCGGAGAACAGUUUACAGCACGCAGGUACGACCCAGACCGGUCACGGGGAGACGGACUCAGCAGCUGUGUUCGAGUCCAUCAGACCAGCGUCUGGACACAGAGCUCACGAGCCCAAAGUCACAGCUGCUCUUCCGAAGGUGGUGGUGUACCCGGUGAACGUCUCCCCCCUGAGGGCGGACAGCCCCCGGGUCACAGGUGCAGCGCCCGAACAAGCUGCUGCACAGCGGCAGAGAGACUUCCAGACAGCUAACCUGAGGUCCAGCAUCACGGUUCUGUCGUCCCUGAAGGAGGUGGAUGGUUCAAAUCCCUCUCUGGACACUGUGAGUGAGGAUGAGGACCAGCAGUGUAAGUCUCCUCUGCUGGGGGGGCACGCUCAGCUGCAGAGACAGCAGGCGACGGACUUCUCUCAGCAGCAGCAGGUCAAGUGUCUCCUCAGUCCUCGCAGUCUGGGCAGCACGGACUCCGGAUACUUCUCCCGCUCCGAGAGCGCCGAUCAGGCCAUGAGCCCCCCCAGUCCCUUCGUCAAGAUAACUCCUCCUGUUGACAUUGACAACGGCAAGAACGUCCCUCCUGUGGUCGCCACGGUGAUGCACAUAGCAGCUGAGCAGAAGCCGCGGGCCGCGGAGGGACAGAUGCGUCCGCCGUUAGAAACCAGAGCGCUGUCUCUGGAGGAGCGGAUCUCCAAGCUGAUCUCCGACAACGAAGCCGUGGUGGACAACAAGCAGCUGGACAGCGUGAAGCCUCGGAGGACGUCUCUGUCCAGGAGAGGAAGCAUCGAUUCCCCGAAAUCUUACAUCUUCAAAGACUCUUUCCAGUUUGAUCUGAAACCGAUGGGACGAAGAUCCAGCUCCAGCUCCGACAUCCCAAAGUCCCCGUUCACCCCCACAGACAAAUCCAAGCCAGUGUUCCUCCUCUCUGUUCCCUCUCAAUACCCCCCCAUGGACUGUCUGCCAAUAACCAGGAGUAACUCUAUGCCUACCACACCUGGACACUCUGCCCUCCCGCUUAACAUCGCCCCCCUCCCCCACCCUCUGAGAAUAUGUCAGUCAUUUGACGAUAAAAUCAGUUCCCCGAACGACGACGUGUUUUCAUCGGCGCCAUCGACUCCAAACCCGGCGAUUCACUCUCGCACGUUAGUCAGACAAGCAGCGGUGGAGGACUUCUCCACGGGGGAGGGGCACAGCCUCCCCAGCGUCCGCUCCAUGGACGACAGUUACCACGGUCCGAGCGGCUCUGGCGACCUGGUGCAGAGGAGCAGGUCGUUCGAGCACAGUCAGGACAGGAACAGGAAGCCGCUGCAGAACAAAGGGACGAUGUACGAGUGCGAGACCUGCAGGAACCGCUACAGGAAGUUGGAGAACUUUGAGACUCACAAGAAGUUCUACUGCUCCGAGCUUCACGGCCCAAAGAACAAGCCGGUUGCUGUCAAAGACACGGAUCAGGAUGUUUUUCACUCAGUCCCCAGAUCGACCAGCGGCUCAGGAACACUCGACCACCAGACUUCAAUCAGGAAACGGAGGAAGAUGAAGAGCGUGGGAGACGAAGACGAUCAGUCUCCAACCGACACCAUCCCUCCCUGCUCUGUUAGUUUUGAGCUGCCAACAGGAAGUCGUUCUUUUCCUCAGCCCGCUGUGAUAGUGGACAUUCAGCCCAAAAACAACCAGUCAAAGCUACCUCAGAUCCAGCUCGUAGCCAGAGGGAUAAAUCCUCCAGAGUCCAGACUGUCCCCCAUUCGAGAGACCCAGAUCAGCUCCUCCUCUAAAGGGGAGGUUCAGAGACAAGGCAGCGGGACGUCCGUCAUCAGACACACCAACUCCCUCAGCAGACCCAACUCCUUUGAGACAGAGUCUAUAGACAGAGCUUCCCCUGUUGACAGCGUGGACAAGGAUCCUCUGAACAAGUCCAAAAUACAUGCUGCAGAAAGUGUCUCAGCUGACGGUUACCAUGACAACCUGUCCAUACCUCAGAGUGCUGCCGACUAUGGAAAACAGAGGAAGGAUCAGAGCGGUGACGGCGCAACAGCAGCAGCCGGUGAGAACUCCACCCCCGUCCAUCAGUCUCGUCUGGUCCGUCAGAACAACAUCCAGGUUCCUGAGAUUCUGGUCACAGAGGAGCCCGACAGAGACCACGAGACCCAGACCACUGAGGCGGCAGAGAAACCUGCAGACCAGUUCAGCUGGCCUCAGAGAAGUGAAAGUCUGUCAAAGUUACCAGCAGAGAAACUACCCCCUAAGAAGAAGAGGAUCCGUCUGGCUCAGAUGGACCAGUCCUCGGGUGAGUCCAGUUUUGAGUCCAGCCUCUCACGGAGCCUCAGCAGGGACAGCAGUCUCUCACGAUGUUCCAGCAUCUCAGCCUCUUUUGACAGAGAUGAGCCGUCCAGGUCGGACAGUCCAUCCAGAGGAGACACUGUGGGCAAAGCCCCGGAGCCUCAAGGUUUACCUGCGGCCUUCAACACCCUGGGCGUACCUGGAGUGAUGAGGCGAGCUGCGUCUGAACAGAUCACCUGCACUCAACCAUCUGUGGAGAUUUCAUGUGACUACCGCAGCAAGUCUUUUGACUGUGGCAAUGUGUCCCCCAGCAGGUCCCUGUCACCUGUUGGACAGCCUAAAGGUGGACGAAGCUCCCCAGUCACCCAGGUGCCGCUCAUUGAAAGGAGGCGGGGGCCAUUAGUUCGUCAGAUGUCUCUAAAGAUCGGCCCCGAGAGUCAGCAGCCAGUCCGGAAAUCAGUCUUACCUCUGGAUAAAGCUCCCAUCACAAACGUCAGCUCUCUAACUCAGACCAGGUCCCAGCAGAUCCACAUCGCCAACAGGUGUCCGAUGGCUCCGCCCUUCAUCCUGCAGGGUGGAGAACUGCCGCUACAAAAGAACGAGCAAAUGGUGCAGAGCAUUAAUUUGGGCAGCCCCACCCUGCAGCCUCAGGUCCACGGACUCCCUCACCCCUGGCAUCAAACAUCCAGGGUCCAGAUCUGUCACAAGAUUCAACCUCCACUGAACCAGAUCUUAGUUUGUCGAGAGAACGUCCAGAACCCUCCGGCUGAGUCUGAGGAAAAGAAAUGUUUUGUGCCCAAAUACCAGCUGCAGUGUCCCGCCCUGAGAGCCAGCAAAUCGUUUUCAUUCUCCAGCUCACAGGCGGCUCAGAUAGCUCUGCCGGUGUUAACCAUCCCUAUCGCCAGUCCCAUUCUGAACAUCUCAAAAUCCUCAGAAGUCCAGAACGUUUACCUUGCUCAGCACAGUCACCCGUCCUCCGAGGUGAAGACAGUGGUCUUAUCAGGUGAACAGCGCAGAGACCCGUUCGAUCAGAGUCCAGCAGGUUCUGUACCUCUGCCUCAGAUCCUGAUCACUCAUGAGCAGCUGCAGCCCGCUCCCUCUGUGAGUAAAACCUCGUCCUCUCUCAGUGUGGACUGCGACGCUCAUGUUCCAGCGGUGAGGAAAGACAGGACUCAGAUGGCUCACACUCAUAACCACGUUGGAGAGCGAGCCCCCCCCCCGGGCUCUUUACACUGCACUCAGAAACUGGCCUCGGUCACUCUGUGUCCACAGCAGGAACCCACGGCCUCCAGUAAACGGAUGCUGUCUCCCGCCAACAGUCUGGACAUCUACAUGGAGAAGCACCAGAAACGUGCGAAGGACGAGCAUGGCGUGGCGUGUCUGACCGACGGCAGGUCCGUCAAUUACCUGAACUCUAAAAUGUCCGAGGUGACGAGACAGAGGAAGCUGACGCUCGUCCGGCAGGUUUGUACAACGGAGCCAGUGGACAGUCCCAUUGAGACAGAGGCACCACCCCUCCCUCAGGUUAAAGCGGGGGGGGGGAAAGACUCAGAGGCUUCAGAUGACGUUAAACCGAUGUCACCUGACUGCACCGGCCUGGAGAAAGACGCGAGCUCUGUUGUUCACGAGGGUCCGGCCCUGAACACCACACCUGGUGGUCAGGUCACCUCCACACCAGCCAGUAACAGUCUGAGGCCCCAGGAGAGAGCUGAGGACCUGAAGUGGACUCCUGCUAAAUCCCCCAUCAGGCCCUCCAGCUUCCAUGGGGGUCAGGUGAAGCUGACGACGUCCGUGUCUGUGGUGAAUACCAAGGACAGCCACCGACUGUCCUUCCCCAGCCUGAAGACCGCCACCACCUUCACGUGGUGUUUCCUGAUGAAGAGGAAACCUCUGCAUGUCCAGCAGACCGACCUGAAGACCUCAGCGUACGCCACCUGGACUGUCAGCCCCAACAACCCCAACCCCUUGGGGCUGCCCACCAAGGUGGUCAUGUCUCUGUUCGACUCCAAGCAGUGUUCCAAGAAAAUCCACUACACCUCAGCCAUAAGAACAAGCGGGAAAUCUGACUUCCUGUCGUACACAGGGAAGCUGAAGGACGUCAUGCCCCGGGUGCCAAUCACUCGGAGGUCUGUAUCAGCUGAACCCAGAGGGAAAGUUCAGCCAGAAAAUCAAACCAGCAACGACUCAGACAAAGAGCUGGUUUCUAAAACGGAGCCGAGACGAGUCAAAAUAUUUGAUGGCGGAUUCAAAUCCAAUGAGGAGUAUGUUUACGUGCGUGGGCGUGGCCGUGGUAAAUACAUCUGUGAGGAAUGUGGGAUCCGCUGUAAGAAACCCAGCAUGCUACGCAAACACAUCCGCACGCACUCUGACGUCCGGCCGUACCACUGCGUCCACUGCAACUUCUCCUUCAAGACCAAAGGAAACCUGACCAAGCACAUGAAGUCCAAGGCCCACAGCAAGAAGUGCAUGGAGAUGGGGGUUCCUGAGGGUCUCAUUGAGGACCAGGACGCAGAGGACUCUGGUGACCGCAGUCAGGUGAGCAGCGCAGACCGCCAGGACUCAGAUGGCGAUGACUCAGACGGUCCUGACGAUGAGGAGAACGAUGACAAUGAGGAGGAAGAGGAGGACAGUCAGGCGGAAUCCGGCCUGUCCACCAACCCCUCCGUCUCCGCCAGCCCCCAGCACGUCCCUUCCAGAGAGGCCGACGUCCCCCCCAGCUCCCUCCUCGCCCAGAUGUCCAUCAGCUCAGUGUCUCUCCCCCUGUCCCAGCCUCGGGCUCCUUACUCCUACACCUCAGACUCAGACUCGGUCCCCAUGAUGAGCCCUGUGUCCCUCAGCAAGCAGAUCUCCAUCUCUGCAUCCUGCUGCAGCUCCCUGCCCCUCCCUCACUCACCUCCACCUGUCGCCACCACCUCAGAGUCGUACACCUCAGACACAGAGUCAGUGCACAUGAUGAGCCCAGUGUCCCCCUGCAGGCAGAUGUCCAUCGACUACCCCGACUUUGAUGUGCCCCCUAGUCCCCCAGUGCCAGGCAAGGGCUCCAAGCUAGGCCAGGACACCCCCCCCCCUCCUCCUCCUGCUGUGGCCAUCAGUGACCCAGGGAUACCUGUGGACCGCAGCACUCAGACUUCCUCCUAUGCUUCUCAAGGUCCCGCCCACUUCCCCCUACAGGGUCUCUCCCAUCCCCCAGGACCAGAGACCCAGACCCACCUGUUCAGUCACCUGCCCCUGCACUCCCAGCAGCCCUCCCGCUCCUCUUACAGCAUGGUCCCGGUGGGGGGGAUCCAGCUGGUGCCCGCCGGCCUGGCAGCUUACUCCACCUUCGUACCGAUCCAGGCAGGUCCGGUCCAGCUCACCAUCCCAGCAGUGAGCGUCAUUCACAGAAACACGAGCCCGUUACCGCCCCCCAACACACCCCCCCAUCCGGAGGGCCUGCAGACGCAGCCUCUGGUGGUGCAGGAGCCAAUUAGCAGCGUUGUCCCCUGCUUCCCCCUGGGGCAGGUCACUGGCCUGCAGGCUCAGACCAUACAACCAGUGGGUCUGGAGACCCUGAACCUCAUGGGUCUGACCAACACAGGCCUGGCCCCCACCCAGCUGCUCCCCCAGCAGGGGCUCACCCUCAACGCCACCCUCGGGCUACAGGUUUUAGCUGCCAACCCCACCUCCCAAAGCAGCACCGGCCCCCAGACCCACGUCCCAGGUCUGCAGAUCGUCAACAUCGCCCUGCCUGCCAUCAUUCCCUCUCUUAGCCCCCUCUCCACCCUCAGCCCCCUCCCCGGGUCGUCUGACAGGCAGGGCAGCCCCGAGGCUCCGGGAGCAACUCCACCUCAACACGAACAUGGGGGUGGCUCUUCACCCCCCGGCCCUCUGAAGGUCAGCAGCUCCGCAGAGCUGACCACAGGCACCAGGGUUAGCCCCGGAGGCAGCAUCGGGGCAGAGCUCACUCAGACUGUAGAGAGGGAGGACAGGGAUAAACCCCCCCAUCGUCCGUCUCCAGCUCCGCACAGUGCUCAGUCACCAACUGAGGGCGCUAACGAUCCUGCAGCUGUGAGAGCGGCGGCAUUGAGCAGCUGGCAGAAGGUGAUCGAUGAGGAUAAUGAGGUUUCCAGUGACGAUGAAGACAGACUGGUCAUCGCUACCUGAAGCCCUUCUUCUUCUCUUUUUGUAACUUGUCACUUUGUAAGACUGAAACACUUUUCAGGGGUUUGUUUCUGCACAAAUCGCCUUUCAAAGCACAGAUGCUGACAUUCAUAUUGUAUGUGCAAUCAUAUGACAAUUAUGAUGAUGAUGAUGACCAAUCAUUUUAUUUUUACCUUUUUGUCAGCUCCAGACAUUUUCUUUUUUUGUACAUGUUGUAUAGACAAUUGUGCCUUUAUGGAGUUUCUUGUUUAGGAACCUGUAAAUAUUUCAUGAAUUAAAUUCAGUAGUUGCUUGUGUUUAUUUCAAAAAAUAAAAGUAAAAACAUAAUGACGGAGAAUAUCUCAGUUUUAUUUUGGAGGAUUUGUCAUUCGUAAAGUUAUGGAAUUAUAAAUGUCGUACUGGUAUAUGUACAUUUCUAUGGAUUAUUAUGGGGCAAUGUUUCUGUGUACAGAUGUUGUGUUCAACUAUUUAUUAUAAUCCAUCUAGUGCCCAUUAUGAUUCAUGAGUCCAUAGGUAUGUGCAUUAUAGUAGCUUUACAUUUCUGUAUCAAUAUUCUGAAAUGUAUCAGUAAAGAUUUGUUUACAAACAUUCA